AUGCCUCUUCAACUUGAAAUAAGUGCUACUAUAUUUUUACGUGAACGUGAAGACCUGUCAUUACUCCAAAUUUUAGUAAAACUUUUUUUUUACAAAGAACCUCAAGAUUUAUACCAAACCUUUUGUAAUGCGUAUGCAUAUUACAAGCAAGCGUCCCAAUAUAAUCCAACUCCACAUCGUCAAAAACUUUUUCAAGAAUACAACAUACAUGGUAAGCCCAUCACAGUAGAGUAUGUAGAUCAAAUUAGACAUCCACAUGCUGAAAUGAGAUCUUUAACGCAUUCUUCAGGACGUGGACAUCUAUCCUUACAAGUGGCCAAUUCCAAUGAUGCUAAAGAUGUGAUGCAACUAACCCUGCAAGUAGUUAUUGAGUGGCAAAAUACUCAUAUUCAAAAAUGUUAUUAUUUGGGAUUUAUCUUUCAAGAACAU